AGCCACUAGUGGGGGUGAGUUGCUACUUCCCUGUUGCCGUCCUAAUCAUAUUCAGCGUCCACUGCCCUGAGCUAUUUCUGCCCUUGAGUUCGUUGAGUUCGGAUUCCUUGUGCUACUGUAACUGUCAUUACUGCUGUGGGAACCAACGUUUCUGUUUGGCUGCUGUUGAAGGUCUUCCACCAUCACUGGAGCUGCCCAGAAUCAUCGUGGAAGCUGCCAAGAUAUAUGUCUGAUUUAGAGAUAUUUUGGAGCUAACUAAGGCUUUUAACAUGAAAGAGACUGAGGCAAAGGCAUAUAUAUAUUUAAAAUCCAGACUGAGGCAAAGGCAAAGGCUUUAUGAUUUUGCACUUACAGACUAUGUUUGUUCAAGCUUAGUAUUAUCUGUUUUGAAGCAUGAAAACGAAGCAUUAUCAAAUGCAGAAAAGCGAGCAUCUGAUGAGGUUCAUAGUUUAUCUGAAAGGGUGCAGCGCCUGCAGGCUAGCCUAGGUACCAUACAGAGUGCUAAGGAAGUUCGAGAGGAACAAGUAAAGCUACAAAAUUCUUGAGAGCCAAUUGAAUUUCUCUUUUCAAAGUACCAGAAGAAACAGCAGAGCUACUUGGGAAAUCUGACCUGUAUUUCUUUAGCCCUGAGCAUCCUCCAUUGACCGAACCAGCUCAGAAAGCCCUUGACUGGGCCGGAUGAGAAAUUGAAGUCAGGAUUUUGGGAACUCCAACUGAGGAGCAAUGGCCGGGAGUUACUUUGCUUCGUGAUUGGCAUACCUACCCAAAGUGGGAACCUCAGAACUUGGCGAGGACUGUGCCAACUUUGGGACCUGAUGGAGUAGACCUUCUCACGGUUAGUGUUCCUCUAUAAAAGCAUUAUUCUAAUGAGUUCCUAAGAAUAGGAUCCUCUAAAGUGAGGACAGAUAACUGUAAAGCAACAAUGUUAGGGCCUAA